UACCUGUUGAGAUGUUCAGUACCUGUUGAGAUGUUGGAGUCGGUUAAAACCCAUGAAGCAGGUCAUACAUCGAUACGGACGAGAACCUCUUUGGUACUUGGGACAGGGGUGAGACUUGACAUGUUUAAACGUGAACACGUUACGUUUCGUUUCUUUGGAGUUCGUAGAGGCCACACAUCGUCUUAA